UCUCUCUCUCUACCUCUCUCUCCGCUGUCCCUGAACUAAAUGAGCUCUUUUUCCUCUCUGUCUUUGGCUUCUUUCUCUUUCUCUCCUCUCCUUUGAUUUGAUAAGUUGUGUUUCGAGUAGCCUGGGCCACUGCCAGUCUGUUUCAGAAAGGAAAUGACGAGCUUUCAUCUUCUGGUUUCACUGUUGAUCCCUCUACCAUGAGCAAUUCUACUACAUCUGCAGUAAAUGGCAAUGACAGCACAAAGUUUACAGAAGAGAGAUCUCGGUGUGGCCCCUCUUGUGUGCUGCAUAUCUGCAAGAUUCCCUUUGAGGUCUCUGAAGCAGAGGUCCUCUCACUAGGACUCCCUUUCGGCAAAGUUACCAAUCUGUUGAUGCUCAAAAAGAAAAACCAAGCCUUUAUAGAAAUGGCCUCUGAGGAAGCAGCAGUCACUAUGCUGAACUAUUACACAGCAGCCACCCCUCACCUGCGGAACCAGCCCGUCUUCAUCCAGUACUCCAACCACCGUGAGCUCAAGACCGACAACCUGCCAAACCAGGGGAGAACACAUGCGGCACUACAUGCAGCAAACACAGUGCAUUCUGGGAACAUGACCUUGACGAGGCCAGCACCAGCCAGCAGUGGAACCAUGAUGCCAGGACAGAGCCCGGUGCUACGUAUCAUUGUGGAAAACCUUUUCUACCCAGUCUCUCUGGAAGUGCUGCACCAGAUCUUUUCUAAGUUUGGGACAGUGUUGAAGAUCAUCACUUUCACUAAGAAUAACCAGUUCCAGGCUUUGCUACAAUACAGUGAUCCAGUAAAUGCCCACCAUGCCAAACUGACUUUGGAUGGCCAGAAUAUCUACAAUGCCUGCUGCACUUUGCAUGUGGAGUAUUCCAAGCUGUCCAGCCUUAAUGUUAAAUACAACAAUGACAAGAGCAGGGACUUCACGCGCCUUGAUCUCCCAUCUGGUGAUGGUCAGCCAGCCCUGGAACACGCCAUGGCCACCGCCUUUGGGACCCCUGGGAUAAUCCCCUCACCCUACACAGGGGCUGCGGGAUUUGCUCCCACCAUUGGAUUCCCCCACACUGCAGGUCUGUCCCUACAGAUGGUGCCAGGUGCUCUAGAGCCACUUACCAUCCCAACCUCUGCCAUGGCAGGGCGCAUGGCCAUCCAAGGGAUGCCGCCCGCUGCCAUGAACGCUGUCCUCCUUGUCUCCAACCUCAACCCCAGUAGCAUAUCGCCACAUGGACUCUUCAUCUUGUUUGGAGUCUAUGGGGAUGUGCAUAGAGUCAAGAUUAUGUUCAACAAGAAAGAUAACGCCUUAAUACAGAUGGCAGAUGCCACACAAGCUCAGCUAGCGAUGAGCCACCUGAAUGGGCAGCGGCUCCAUGGAAAGGUGAUGCGGGUCACCAUCUCAAAGCACCAGGCCGUACAGCUGCCCAGGGAGGGACAGGAGGACCACGGCCUGACCAAGGACUACAGUGGCAGCCCCCUGCACCGCUUCAAGAAGCCCGGUUCCAAGAACUUCCAGAACAUCUUCCCUCCCUCAGCCACCCUGCACCUGUCCAACAUUCCACCCUCAGUCACUGAUGACGUCCUUCAGAAUCUGUUUGCUGGCUGUGGGUAUUCAGUGAGAGCCUUCAAAUUCUUCCUGAAAGACCGCAAGAUGGCCCUCAUCCAGCUGGGCUCAGUGGAGGAGGCCAUCCAGGCCUUGAUCGACCUCCACAACCACGACCUGGGCGAGAACCACCACCUCCGCGUGUCCUUCUCCAAGUCCACCAUUUAGCAGCCACUCCAACAGCACACACUCCACCCAGAUGGUCUUUUUGCUGUUUCUCCCCAAGGGCGAUCAAGAGAGAGGAAGGGGGUAAACUGGCAAUUUAUGACUGAGGGACACAAGUGGAACGAUCAUGGAAAAAACACUACAGGAAGAGCCUGAACAAAGUCCUCAGGCAGAGACCAGAGAGUCACAAAGACCCUUUUCGGAUGCAGUUUCCCAGUUUACAGUUUAGGGGCUUGCAGUAGUCCAGGGGACCUUGUUGCCUUGGUGUGCCUAGCCACCUCACAUUUCCAGUGGCCAUUCACCAUGGAAGUAGCUGCAGUUCUCACAGACAUUCAGCAGGACUCAAGCAUCUUUUUAACCUGAGGACAUUUUAUAAAAUGCUGCAGACAAUGAAAGAGGAAAAGACACAAGCUAUUUCCUGGCUGGAAUGGAGUGUGCAUGAGUGACUCCACCCACCUGGGGGGAGGCCUUGCUGCCAGUGUGCUGAAGCUGUUUAAAUCUUGCCAUCGCCCUGUUCAAUGCGUCUUUCUCUCUGUACAAGUCAGUCUUGUAGCCCUGGGGUGGGGGCGGCCUUCGUCGUUGGAUGUAGUAGGAGAGCAACAUGGAAGGUUUCUGAAAAACCCUGAAGUUGCAGCUCUGACCAAUGGACUUUCUUUUUAAAAAAAAAAAAAAAAAAA